AUGGUGUCUGCGUUGAUCCACUCUGCAGAUAAAACCCGUUUGGACGAGGCCUCUGGGAAAUACUUGGGAAUGUACACAUUCUUGCGGAACUCGGGGUCUUUCUGGAUAUACGACGAGAUCAGCUCGCCGUUGCGUUUCUCGAUCUCGAAGUUCACCUCCUCGGUCAUCUUCUUGGUAACAUAUCUCACGGUCGGCGUCAACGGCAUGUCAAACACCCACUCACAAACCUUCAUCACAAACCGGUACGUGGCCAGAUCCACCCACAUCUGCUUCGUCACGGCCUCGUGCUGGAUCUUGACCGCAACUUCCUCGCCAGUCAACAGCUUCGCCUUAUGCACCUGCGCCACAGACGCACUAGCCACAGGCGUCUUAUCAAAGGACUCAAACAACCGUUCUCUAUAG